UGCCAGCAGACGUGUAACAACACGGUCGGGUCGUACACGUGCGGGUGUAACAAAGGUUACACGUUUAAAAGCUCACUCGCAACAUGUCUUGAUGACGACGAGUGCGCCACGUCACCCGGCGCGUGCCAGCACUUCUGCAACAACACGAUGGGUUCGUUCGUCUGCAGCUGUUGCUCGGGGUUCGAGCUCGCAAGCGAUGCUAGACACUGUGCCGACGUCGACGAAUGUAACAGGACGAAUCCUUGUCAACAAAGUUGUAAGAACACCAACGGGUCGUUUUCCUGUGGCUGUAGGUCUGGGUUCGUCCUCGGCAACGAUUCAACGUCUUGUCUUGACGUU